UCCUCGUUCUUGCAGGCUCAGGAAAUGGAAGCUGCACAGGAAAAGGGCUAUUCUACCCGGAGUUUGGCGCAGUGGAGCUGCUUGGAAAGGCACCUCCGGCGGUGGAUCAUUACCAUGAUCACGGCCCUCUCGAUUACCGCAAACAUACUUUCCCUAACAGGCUAUUCUACCAUGAUCGAGUGGAGCUGCUUGGAAACAAGAGGAAGGCACCACCGGAUUACUAUGAUCACCCGCCUCUUGAUCGCCUCAAAGUUACUCUCUGUAACAGGCUAUUCUACCGGGAGUUUGAGCUGCUCGGAAACAAGAGGAAGGCACCGCCGGUGGUGGAUCAUUACUGUGAUCAUCCGCCUCUCAAUCCCUGGGAACUUACUCUCCCUGACAGACUAUUCUACUCGGGGUUUGAGCUGCUUCGAAACAAGAGGAAGGCACCAGAGGCGGUGGAUCAUUACUGUGAUCAUCCGGCUUUCAAAUGCCGCAAACUUGCUAAGAAGGCAGGGACUCUCCUCUCAGCGAGAACGGGAUGAUGAUGGUGGAAGUGAUCAAGCGGCAUCCACCUGA